CACCGGGGCGGGCUGGGCAGACAGAAAGGAAAGCGUGUGUAGUGGCCCCGCAGACAUUCCCCACUACCCCCGGGUGGCCUCAUGUCGCGCGGUGGAUCAGACCCUGAGCAGCGGCAGCGGGCAUCAGAGGUGGAUGCCACCUCAGCAACCUUCCGGGCUAGCGGUAAUUGCUGGGUGGCUGAGGACUCACUGGAACGCGGCGCCGACCCCUCCUCUUCCUUAGAACAUUCUGACCCCAACUUCAAGAGCAUCAACAUAUCCGCUACAACCCGCUGCAGGAUGAGUGGGUGCUGGUGUCAGCUCACCGCAUGAAGCGGCCUUGGCAAGGGCAAGUGGAGCCCCCGCUAAUGAAGACGGUGCCACGCCAUGAUCCCCUCAACCCUCUGUGUCCUGGGGCCACACGAGCCAGUGGAGAGGUGAAUCCCCACUAUGAUGGCACCUUUCUGUUUGACAAUGACUUCCCAGCUCUGCAGCCUGAUGCUCCGGAUCCAGGACCCAGUGAUCACCCCCUUUUCCGAGCAGAGGCCGCUCGAGGAGUUUGUAAAGUCAUGUGCUUCCACCCUUGGUCGGAUGUGACGCUGCCUCUCAUGUCGGUCCCUGAGAUCCGGGCUGUCAUCGAUUCAUGGGCCUCAGUCACAGAGGAGUUGGGUGCCCAGUAUGCUUGGGUACAGAUCUUUGAAAAUAAAGGAGCCAUGAUGGGCUGUUCUAACCCCCACCCCCACUGCCAGGUGUGGGCCAGCAGUUUCCUGCCAGAUAUUGCUCGGCGUGAGGAGCGGUCUCAGCAGUCCUAUCACAAGCAGCAUGGCGAACCCCUACUGAUGGAGUACAGUCGCCAAGAACUACUCAGGAAGGAUCGUCUGGUCCUAACCAGUGAGCACUGGUUAGUGCUGGUCCCGUUCUGGGCAGUGUGGCCCUUCCAGACCCUGCUGCUGCCCCGUCGACAUGUACGGCAGCUGCCUGAGCUGACCCCCGCUGAACGUGAUGAUCUAGCCUCCAUCAUGAAGAAGCUCUUGACCAAGUAUGACAACCUAUUCGAGACAUCUUUUCCUUACUCUAUGGGCUGGCAUGGUGCUCCCACAGGAUCUGAGGCUGGGGCUAACUGGGACCACUGGCAGCUGCAUGCUCAUUACUACCCUCCACUUCUGCGCUCUGCUACUGUCCGGAAAUUCAUGGUUGGCUAUGAAAUGCUUGCCCAGGCCCAGAGGGACCUCACCCCUGAGCAGGCUGCAGAGAAACUAAGGGCACUUCCUGAGGUACACUACUGCCUGGUGCAGAAGGACAGGGAGACAGCAGACAUUGCCUGACCACAGGGCCUUGAAUCCUUCUGCCAGAGGAGAUCGAGACCUGGAGUUUGGGCAGAUGUAACAUCAAUAAAAUUAAAUUAAAACUUUAAUUACA